GUAAACGUGAACGCCAACAACCUUGAUUCGACUGCUGAUACUAUGUUUAUGAACCAGCACACGACGUAUCGCCUGCAAAAGAAAAAAUAACAAUAAAAAGGUAAAUCGUACAGAGCACUUCAAACAGGUUCGACCGCACCUUACAACAAAGCACGACCAUUGGCGUUCACGGACUGUCCAUCACUUCUUGAUUUAUAUCCCACAGCGACUCUUGACGGUACUCCCCCCCUUUCCCCUUUCAGUUCUCGCUAGCGAGAAAGGGAAGAGAAAAGACCGGACAAAUAAAGGAAAGCGUGCACGCACGGCCUUUAAUAUUUGUAUACGUUGAUAGGCGAGAAUCGGCGACACAUCCUCCCACCCUCCGCGGCUUCUCGUCUCUGCGUAAACGGGGUUGUCCACACGGCUCUUUCUAUUUCCAUUGCUUUCUGUUAAUUCUUCACACACCUAUAUGUACAUAUAUAUAGGCGUACUGAACAACGACACGAAUAGAGGGACCACAACACAUCAACCGCACCAUGUCCAAACCAGACUGGAUGAACUUUGAGGACAGCGCCAACGGCGCCGUCGUCCAGCCGACCACCGACACGGCCGCCACAGCGGACACCGUUGCUUCCCUCGCCGGCCACAACGAUGCCGCUGACAGCCGCAGCGCGCUACACGGAGUAGGCGAGGAGGACCUUCCGCUAUUCCUUCGCGACGACGCGACAGCCUUCCACGUUCCGCCUGACGGUACGGCCUCCUCCGGCACGCCGGCGUUCUUAUCCGAUAUGUCCAGACACCACACGGACGCGCAGGCGGGGGAGGGGGAGAGCGAGAUGGACGGAGGCAAGAAUACUCGCCGCGUGGGUGCGGGAGGUGGUGCAGGGAGCGGCGCUCUUCGACGGCCGGGCACAGCAGACGACAAAAGUGUCAGCAGCAGCACCGUCAUGUACGCAGAUCAGCCCUCCGCCGCCCUGCUCCACUUUACCGGCGACAGCGGUGACGCCUGGUCCCUGCACCGGGUGCGCAUUCUUGGCAAAGGCAACUACGGCUGCGCUACCCUCUACUCGCUAGACGAGGAGACCGCCGGCUCUUCUCCGUCUUCGUCGUCUGCGUCAUCGCCGUCGCCGCGGCGGUCCGUCGUGGUCAAGGACAUCAACGUCCAAACGAUGCUAAAUCCAAGAGAGGACAUGUCAGCGGUGCAGAACGAGCUGCGCGUGCUGCGCAGCGUUGCCGGGCACCCGAACCUCGUCCAGUACGUGGACGCCCUCUUCGACGCCCGUCCGGAGAACUAUCCGAUGUGCUUCAUUCUCAUGGAGUACGCGGCAGGAGGGGACUUGGCGGCACUCAUGGAACGCUGUAGCACCACCGCGGCGGCGGCGGCAUCGUCUCCCACCACCACAGCAAACACAACGGCCAUUGCAUCGUUCGCGAGCGAUCUUCUUCGCCACGGCGGUGACGGCGGCACUACCAUGAUCUCGGAGGAUCACGUAGCCGCGUACCUCAUUCAAACCGCCGUGGCGCUGCACUCUCUGCACACCGAGUACGGUGUCCUCCACCGCGACGUGAAGCCACACAACAUCUUUUUACUCGAGGACGGCGUGACGGUGCGGCUCGGCGACUUUGGCAUCUCCAUGCAGCUCGGCCGUGUUGGCGAGAAGGCGAAGGAGGCGUGCGGGUCACCCUACUUCAUGGCGCCGGAGAUCUUCGAGGAGAAGCCCUACGACGCCGCGGCGGAUGUCUGGUCGCUGGGAGUCGUGUUCUAUCAGCUUCUGACGCGCCAGCUGCCGUUUGUGGCCGCAUCCGUCGCCGCGCUGGGGCCGCUGGUACGCCGAGGCCAGUUUGCUCGCCUCUCCGACGCAUCCUCCGAGGCUGCUGCUGCUGUCAGUGCGGCGGCGUACUCGAAGGAGCUGCGGGAGCUGGUGGACUCGCUCUUGACGGUAGAGCCUGCAGCUCGGCCGACGCUGCGGCGGGUGCUGCGCAGCCGAUACGUCCGCGAUCACCUGCGGUGCGUCCCGCUCUCCGUGCUGCAGGCGAAGCGACCAGUGGUGGCGCGUGCCACGGGGCCGGCGGUUUUGCCGAGGGAUGGGGCCGCCGGCACCGGCACCGGCACCGCCACCGUUGCCCCGCAGUUUACGGAGGAGUCGCUUUACGCGUCGGUUUUCGGUGCGGAGGCGGUGGCGGCGGCCGUGGCGCACGCGAGCUUCGCCGGUGUGUCGCCAAUCGUGAGCCGCACUUCCCACCCGUAG